AGUCGAAGGCAGCGCGGCAGGUAGCACGGCACUAGCAGGUAGCAGCGGUUGGCCACCAGCACCCGACGCCGGAGGCCCGGAGGAGGAGGAGGCGGCGGCGAUGGCGGGGAAGCACGGGCGCAACGGCUACGACGACGACAACGUCAACCCCUUCGCGGGAGGAAGUGUUCCACCUGCCACCAAUUCUCGUCUCUCACCUCUAUCACAUGAACCGGCUGAUUUCUACAAUGUGGACAUUCCUCUCGACUCAUCAAAGGAUCUGAAGAAAAAGGAGAAAGAACUCCAGGCUAUGGAGGCUGAGCUAAACAAAAGAGAACGGGAAUUGAAAAGGAAGGAAGAGGCAGCAUCCCGAGCUGGCAUUGUGAUAGAAGAGAAAAAUUGGCCUCCCUUUUUUCCCCUCAUCCACCACGACAUUUCCAAUGAGAUACCUAUCCAUCUACAAAGGAUGCAGUACCUUGCAUUCUCGUCAUUCUUGGGAUUGGUAGCGUGUCUCUUUUGGAAUAUCAUAGCAACUACAACAGCAUGGAUUAAAGGGGAAGGUGUUAUGAUCUGGCUGCUUGCCAUUAUCUACUUCAUAUCUGGUGCACCUGGGGCUUAUGUGUUAUGGUAUCGACCUCUUUAUAAUGCAAUGAGAACUGAGAGCGCUUUGAAGUUUGGGUGGUUUUUUCUAUUUUACAUGAUUCAUAUAAUCUUCUGUGUGUGGGCAGCUGUGGCUCCUCCAUUCCCUUUCAAAGGAAAAUCUUUGGCUGGGAUUUUACCUGCAAUUGAUGUCAUAAGCAAGAAUGCUAUUGUGGGGAUAUUUUACUUUGUUGGAUUUGGCUUGUUCUGCCUUGAAUCACUUCUGAGCAUCGGUGUCAUUCAGCAAGUAUACAUGUAUUUCCGUGGAAGUGGAAAAGCUGCAGAGAUGAAACGUGAGGCAGCACGUAGUGCUCUAAGUUCAGCCUUCUGAUGAACAGAGGGCGGUGUGAUCACAGCCAGUUGAUGGAUAGAAGGAAAUGAGAUGUGCCAAAUGAGCCACGUGGAUUUGGAUCUCUGAAAUCGUACAGCUGAUCAUCUUUUUGCUCUUCUGUAAAAUAUGAACAAUCCUCAUAUGGAUGCGUCAGGGUUCACUUAUUGCCAUGGUUUAGGUGUCGUUGAUAGGGAAAACGGUGAAGUUUUUUGUAGUAGUGAAUAUAAUGUAUCUUCAUCAUACGUUUGCAUGUGAGUGUAAUAGCUUGGUGGUCAUUUUUCUUGUGGUAUGAAUGCAGGUUUGCUGUGUUUUCGGCCAAGGCAAAAACACUUGUUUUAUGACACUUCCUGCCAACCAUUUUUGGUGCAAGAAUCGUA